AUGUCUUUAAGGGACCGGGUAAGCACCGAGGAUGGGGAAAGGAUUGCCGACAUUCUGGAAGAUAUGGAUGAAGACCUGUCAGAACAGAGGCGUACUCCGACCCCAAUCCCCUCGCAACCAGACGUCGACAGUCAUGGUUCACAAGGCAGCGGAGAGGCGAGCGGUUUCGAGCACUUCGAGCAUCUUGACACUGAGGCAUUGGAUCUGCUGGACGAAGACUUACACAGUAGCGACGGAGCCCGGUCAACAGGAUUCGUUGGCAAGAGCUCAGAAGUACAGUGGUUGCGUACAGUAGCUCUUGCUCAACAAGAAAGACCAGACGGAGAAUGGUCCGGAUCCAGGUCCCAACGCCGUCCUUCGAACGUUCUCAGCAACGAGCAAGUAAGCUCAUUCAGCUUCUGGGCCGACUGCGAUGACGUGAGUGUCAACUUUUACGUGGAUCCGUAUGAGCUGCCGCGACCCGAUUUCGCCGAGCAUCUGGUGCAAUGCUACAUGCUCAGAGUGCACGACUCUUUCCCGAUUCUACCACGCAACUUCGUCAAACAAACUCGCGUAUACUUUGCGGCGCUACGUGAGGGAAAGGCACCGCGUCUAAAUCCCAAGUGGCAGGCGAUCCUGAAUCUUGUUUUCGCUAUCGGCGCCAACUAUUCGUAUCUUUACAACAAGGACUGGCCGGAGGGCGAUGCGAACCUGUUCCACGCAAGAGCGAGGGCUUUUGGGUUGAAUGAAGCCUCCCUGACCACACAUUCCGAUGUACCGCAAAUCCAAGGCUUGGGGCUUCUUGCGUUUUAUUGGCUAAGUGUUGGACAAGUCAGUCGGUAA